ACAUGAAUCCAACAACGAUUCCAAACCACGACUUCAUGGAGCUGCAUCCGGUGCAUCAACAUCCGGCAGGUUGUAAGCAGCACUGUUUCGUCUUCACCGAGAUAGCGGACAUUGAGCUACCGCCCGAGAUUACCAAAUAUCCGGAAAAGAUUAAGAACGGUAGUAUUCAUUCGUACACGAAGGAAAGCAUCUCGCCACCACCACCGAAGCUGGCCAAGGAUCGACGGAGUCGCAAAAUAAUCGCGCUCGUGUCGGGGCUGCUCGUCUGCGUAGCACUGGCCGCGGGCAUUCCACUUGGAUUGCAGCUCCGGUCCUCCUCGCUGUUGGAGGCCCGGCUGGCAUUUAUCAGACGGUUGCUGGUGGAGUCACCGCUCGUGGAAGGCUAUUGGGCGCCACCGAUGGGUGCCAACUUUAGCAAAAGCUUCGCCGAGGUGAAGAGUGGUAUGGUGGGUGCACUGCUCUGGCCCAUUGCCGUACCGUGUGCGGCACAGUAUCUGGAUGCGGUGCAACUGACGCUGGAGGGACUGGACGAUGCGAGAAGGCUCGUGGCUAAGAAUCGCGAUAUGGCGGUGGUCGAAAAUGCGGACGAGAUGGAACAGGCCCACACCGAGGGCAAGUUGGCGAUUUUGUUCGGGCUUGAAGGUGGCCACACGCUCGGGUCCAGUUUGGCCGUGCUUCGAUCGAUGUAUUCGCUGGGGGCACGCUUCGUUUCGUUGACUGGCGUGGGUUGCACUACCCCGUGGGCCAGUGCCUCGAUACGGAACGAUUUUUUCGACGAAAAUUUACCUUCGACAUUGACGAACUUUGGAGAGAUUGUAAUUCAGGAAAUGAACCGUUUGGGAAUGUUGGUGGAAAUAUCGAGACUCUCCGAACCGGCCAUGAUGGUUGCGCUGAACGUCGCCAAGGCACCGCUGCUACUGUCCAACGCGCUGCCCUCGUCGAUGGCUUGCAACGGAACGACGGCUGCCGUACCGGAUCACAUCCUGAGCGCACUGUCCCAGAACGGAGGUGUGCUGAUGCUGAACGUGGAACGAUGCGGCGAUAAGCCGAUGUCGCUGAAGGAUGCCAUUACGGCCAUUAACUACAUCCGAGCGAUUGCCGGCGUAGACCACGUGGGUUUGAGCGGGUCGCCCAAAAACUAUCCCCUGCUGUUGGCCGAGCUGGCACGCGACCGGUUGUGGGGUUCGGUGGCCAUCAAGAAGCUGGUCGGGGGCAAUAUUGUGCGGGUGCUGCGUGAAGUCGAGACGAACAAGAAUCGUUUGCCGCUGUCCGAGGAUUGGAUACCGUUGGAAUCGAUCGAAGGGAACGCUUACUGUCGGUACCCGGAGACGUAAAUUUGCCGUUGGGUGGUAGCAAAACAAGGUAUUAUCUUCCACGUGCACCACACACGCGCCUCGAGUGGUGCGAGGGUGCAAGGCUAAAGCACACAAACUUAUAUGAAUGAUACUACACUAGCAAAUAGCAAAGAACCAGGCGGCGAUCGCGGAUACGAUCGCGUUCCGAAUUGGGGAUAUAGUUAAUAUGUUAUAGAGCGAAACAGAACAGACAAAUAUUAUCGCAUAUCAAUUCUUCAAAAACAAAACAAAUGAACCAUUGAUUUACUCUUUCUCAUUCUAACUCGUUCCUCUGUCUGUUUGUUUAAAAUAUUGGGCUUAGAAACAAGUGUAGUUUGUAAACAAAGGAAAAAAAACCCAGAAACAAUGAUCUUACGAUCCUCAUAACCUCUUAAAACACACAACACACGUGUAAUGUUGCAAUCAUUUUGUAGAUGUAAUUGGGAACUUAAAGCAAAAGGAUGGAUCGCCUUGUCGUAAAAGGACCUUCAGACGGUCCAGAGGAAUAGAUAUUGAUUGGCAAUCAGCAGCAAACAGGAGCAGCGGCGGCAACAAGAACCUAGGCAAGAACCACUUCAUUCUAGCUUCCGAUAUAUGUUACGCGUUAUUAGUGCCGUCUUGUCCCAAACAUUUCAUUCCGAUCGACUCCGGAGAUGAACUGCUCCAGGAAGAAGCCGAACGUUACUGUCCUCUACCAAGG